GAAAAAGUAUAUGUUUUAAAUGUCCUGUCAAAGUCGUAAUAAGUGCCGAUUUGAAGGGAAUUUGCUCAGAUGAAAUAAUAUUAUUUGUUUAUGGUGGCUCCGUACUCUAUGAGCAGUUGGCCAUAAUUGUGAGCAACGACCAUACGAAUUUGGUAUUGUUUGAAUGUGAUAUUUUUUUAGAGGCUGUACAUUCAGUUGUAAAUUAAUUUGAACAAUAUGUCUGGGGUUAAUAAGAAAAGGUCAAAGAUAAAGCUUCGCGUGAAGGAUAACAGCCAGAAAGAUGUUUUUCUGGACGUUUCUCCCGACGACACGUUUGAGACGUUGCAGAUUCGCGCAGAAAAAGAGAUUGGAUUGGCUCUGGAUUUGAAGCAGUUCAGUUACUGCGGCCAGAGAAUCGACCCGAAAGGAAAUGUCAUUGAGUACUUUCGAAACGUCUGCAAGGGGCCGACCGGCGGUACCGAGGCCCCUAGCCCGAGCAGUCCGGGACUGCAGCCAGCGUGCGGUGUGUCUCCCGCACAGAUGACCAGCACCUUGCCUGUCCCAGAGGGUAGCGUUGCAGUAAAUUCAAAGGACGGACUGGAAAGUUUGGGGAACAGCAACGCAGCUGAAAUGGGAACGCUCGCAAAUUUCCAGAAGGUUCAGGAUCAGAACUCGGGGGAAGAUGAUCACGGCAAGGAGCAGAGAGUGGGAAGCUAUUGCGACGGUGCAGUUGAAAACGCCUGCGCCGCCGCCGACGACGACGACGACGCGAUGAUGCAAGUGGUCGGAAGCGAGGUCGAAGUGCCGCAGGAAGUAAGCGGUCCGCUGGGGCAGGACGUGGGGACGGAGCUCGGGAAGAGGGUGCGAGAUGCUCCGCGAAGCAGCGCUGAUGAAGCGGUGCGACCGGGCGGUGGGGACCGCAGUUCGCAGGGCUCUGCCGCCGUCGCGCCGCCCUCCGCGGGGGAGAGCAUGGAGGUGGAAACUGUGUUCGUGAAGGAAGAGGUGUUCGAUGAAGACGCCGAGGCCCAAGUGGUCGACGACGCUGACCUCCGAUACGAGGAGGACUUGGAAGACUCCGGGGGGGAGAGCCUGGACGGCGGCAGCUACGACACGGACAGCCUGGGCGACCUCGCAGACGACACGGACUUGGGGCGGCUGUGUCGACUCUGCGGCCGGGAGAAGAGCGACAUGGUGCUCAUAUUCAGCGAGGAGGGCAUGAGUUUGUGUCUGAAAGAGAAAAUAAACUCUUGGCUACCCAUGAACGUGAAGAAAACAGAUCUCUUGCCCAAGCAGGUGUGCGAACGUUGCAUAACCAAAGUGACAAUGUGCCAGGAGUUUGGUAUGCAGUGCUUAAGAACGAACAAUUUCCUGCAGCAGCUUGUUCGUAAGAAGUUCAGGUGUGAGACGCCGGCUGACGCGGACUCUCAGCCGGAGUACGACAACUCCCUCGAGCCAGAGGUCAAGAGCGAUGCUGGCGACACUUACUGCUGCCCGCUGUGCGUCUCCGGUGUGAUGAAGACCAAGCCUCUUGAGGAAGUGGAGGAAGACAGCGAGGCUUCGUCGAGCAGCGAGUUAGAACCUCAGUUGGACCGAGACGUGGCGGCGACAGCUGUAGUCGAAGAGGACUUUGGGAAAUGCGACCGCGCCGUUGUUCCGGACGACGCGAGCAUGGACUACGACGAGAGUGCGUAUCUGGUGGAGGCGGUGAUGGAUAACGGCCUCGACACGGCCGUGCCAGAGGACCCGGGCGACGGAGGUGAGGUGUCGAGGGAAGUGGCGCUCCUGCCGGACGAGAGCAGGCCGCGGGGCAGAGGGAGGGGCCGGGGUCGCGGACUGUCGCGAGGAGCGAGGGUGGAGCGGGGGCGGGGCAGAGGGCGCGGGCGAGGCCGGGCGAAGACCAGCCUGCAGGUGCCGAGGGGGGCAGGCGACGUGUGCGUGCCGUGCUGCCUGUGCGGCGCGGGCACGGAGGGCGUGAGCGGUGCCCUGCUCCACACGCUGCUGAGCCACAGCUCGGAGCCGGACUCCUACACCUGCAGUCUGUGCGGGCAGGAGGCCCAGGACCGGAGCGCUGUCAUCACGCACUUCCACGACGCGCACGGCUCCUUCGUGACCACCUACGAGCGCUUCGGCGACAAGAUCUUGUUGCUGUACGAGUGCAAACGGUGCACCACGGUCUUCCGCUCCGAGAAAACCCUUUGCGGGCACGACUGCUUGAAGAAGUUCGAAAGCGAUUCCUUGAAGUGCAGUAAGUGUAGCAAAACAUUUGUGACGAAAGCACGCUUGUACUUCCACCAGCAGUUCCACUGGAGGGAGAACACCCCCAUGACCUGCGAGAUGUGCAGCUUGGACUUCGGCGACGAGGACAGCAUGUACGACCACUUCAAGUUCAGCCACAGGGGGGACAAGUACGUGUGCAGCAUCUGCGGGAUUCACUUCAACAGCAAGACGGGCUGCUACACCCACGAGCAGAUGCACACCAACAAGCUCAUCAACAGACGCACCUUCACGUGCGACACGUGUUCCAAGUCGUUCUUCGACAAGCAGACGCUGAAGGAGCACGUGGUGAGCCACAUGGAGACGAGGCCCUACCAGUGCCACAUCUGCGGCCGCGACCUGAGCCGGCCGUCGCGCCUCAAGCGGCACCUGAAGGCCCACGCGUCCUACAACGCUCCUCCGCAGGACAUCUACCGGUGCCUGACGUGCGAGGAGGUGUUCUGCAGCCAGGAGAAGGCUUUCGAGCACACGCAGUCGGACCAGUCGGGAUGCAGAGUCGAUGGCGGCGGUGAGCAUGAGUUUGCCAAGGAGUCGGCCGAUAAAGUGUACAGGUGUGAGUUUUGCGAGAAGUGCUACUCGGCUACCGGUGUGCUGAACUACCACAGGAAAUCUCACAUGGACGACCCCAUGCCUUACAGAUGCCACGUGUGCGGCACGCCGCACGUGUCGUUUGCCCGCUGUGCCACCCACAAAGUGACGCACGGGCUGUUCACGGACACUGACCUCGGAGACUUCACGGUCCCCAAGUAUUUCCUGUGCGAGUUCUGCAACAGAUACUACCUCCACUGGACGUAUCUGUCCGUCCACCGGCGCAGAACACACAGUUCUGUUAAAUACUUGGUCACUGGGAUGAACGUGUUCAAGCCGGAGGUGCCCGCGCACAGCAAGCCCUUCAAGUGCGACAAGUGCGGGCGGCGCUACCUGCUGGAGUGGGCCCUCGAGAAGCACCAGAGGCUGCAGCACCGCGGCGACGAGUCCAGCAGCUACCAGUGCGACCACUGCGGCAAGGUGUUCUCCUGCAAGAAGUUCCUGGAGAAGCACCUGGUGGUGCACGGGGAGAAGCAGUUUGCCUGCGAGCUGUGCGACAGCGCGUUCGUGCGGGCGUCGAGCCUGGCCAUCCACGUGGGGCGCGUCCACACGGCCAGCAAGCAGCACUGCUGCGAGCACUGCGGCCUGGAGUUCGUGCGCCGGGGCGACCUCACGGAGCACAUCCGCACGCACACCGGCGACCGGCCCUUCCAGUGCGAGCACUGCAAGAAGAGGUUCCGCACCCGCGGCAUCUGGCACCAGCACACCAGGAUUCACCGGGACGAGCGACCGUACCCUUGCGACGUGUGCGGGGCGAGGUUCCGGCGCUCGUUCGCUCGCAACAACCACAUGACGCUGCACACGGGCGUGCGGGCGUUUGUGUGCGAGGUGUGCGGCAAGGCGUUCCGCAUGCACCAGGAGCUCACCAAGCACCUGAGGGUCCGGCACGAGCGCAAGGACGACGAGCCGCGACGAGACUCCGGAGCGCUGUGAACGUCAUUCCUGUGCUCUGGCAAUGGGCUGUCUGUUUUCUGUGCCGAGGCAAAAAUAAUUAAAGUUAUUUUUGAAGUUGUUGAGAGAUAAUGAACUUUUUUUUAUUAAAAAUGCUUAAUAUGUCGAA